AUGGACUGGCGGCUGCUCGACUACGCCAAAGAGGCUGAAGAGACGGCUUCCGGCCUCCACGUCUUCCAGAGCGAGGUUCCACAGUAUUCCAAGGAUAUUAGCGGAGACAACGCCGAGCUCUUCGCCAUAUCGAACGCGCUCCACGUGCUCCACGAGGACCUUGAUCUAUCGCGUCUUGGAAGAUAUUCCGGCCGCAUCCUCAGAGACCUGGAAAUAUGUCUUCCCAGCUUAGGCUAUACGCUCGACGAUGUCCGCAAUAUGUUCAGCAAAUCGAAGCGCAACAGCCGACAACACCCGGGCGCUUUUCCUGGCACCCCGCCAUAUGCGCAGAUCUGGGAGGACGCUUGCGCCGAUUUGAGGGCUCAAGGAAUCAGUCUGCCCAUGCGUCUCGAGAUGUAUAGGACGUAUUUGCAGGGAAUGCAUGACAUCUUGAAGAGUGACGAAGAAGACGAUGAUAUCAACCAUAUCCGGGCACGUCUGUCAAAGCUGCUGAGAAAGCAGGAGCCGAUAGACGAUUACUUCAGCAGGAUUACGGUGGAUCCCCGUGCUGCGCCACGAACACCAAGACCGCAUUCUCCCGCAGUCGCGAGACCGCACAUUGAGCGCUACCAGACGUAUCCUACGUAUCCUCAUCCGCCGCCGCCACCUCCGCUUCCACCCCGACCCCCACACUCGCCCAUUCCGGGAUACGGGGACAUACCAUAUAUCCCGCCGCCAGUGCCCGAUAUUCCCCAAUCACCAACUUAUUCAACUGCCUCCUCGCAGACAUAUUCGACUCAUUCCAAUGAUUCAGGUGGUCCCGUAGCCCAUUGGGCCAUGAGGAUCUUCGACGGCAGACAUUCCUCUACACCAUUUCAAUUACUUGCUCAAGCUACCAAAUGCCUCGGUCGAGACGAACCCAAAGCGCUCGAACUCUUGGAGAAUGAUGGUUUCCAGAAGGUGCUCGAGCUGCCUUUCGAAGCAACGAACGUGUGGGUCAGACUUUACUGGAGGUCUGAUGACAAUCGAGCUAGAAUUCUCUUCCUGACGCUAGAUGCGAACAGCGGUCGGCGAAUGAGAUACUGUUUCCCACUUACCGGAUUGAGAGUCCUGCGGACGGAGUCUUGCCUGCAACUUUGCCGCGUCAAUCGGCAAGACGGACAACUUGACCUUUGGGCAAACUUGAGGUUCACACUUUACGAGCGAAUGGUCUUGUUUUAUUGCACUCUUGUCGCGAUGAAACGUCAGGAUAACGUACCAACUCCACAGGGCCUGGAAGAUUUCUUCCAACCAGGGGAGAAAGAAGAAUUCGGAGGGGAGAUCCAGGAUGAAUCAUACCUUCACGCGUUCCGUAUAUUCCGAGAUCGAGACUCUGGAGGCGUCCGAUUCGAAGCUACUCCUCGCCGUGGACCUCUAAAAACACUCCCAAUCUGGACGGCAUUCGUCACGCAGUACGUUGGACACAGAAGUUGGAUGAAGCGCGUUGGGCAUUGUACCGUUCAGUUCCGCGAGCUACACCCCUAUAUGUUCUGCGAGAAUUAUAAGUUGCCGAAAGGGCCUUCGGGCAGGUAUCAGUUGACGUUUACGACACCAGAGGAUACGAGGUCGUUCAUGGAGGUAUUCCACCAGAUUAGGACUCGGUAA